GCGCAAUACAAAGCUCCAAAUUCCGACACUGCUUAGCCCAUUCCUCUCCCUUUCUAGGGUUUUAGGACAAAACCCCUCCAAUCCUCAACUUGCAAAACCAUAGAAAUGGAGCUCCAAUACCUUACCCUAUGAACCCGUCUUUCUUCAAAACCUCGUCGUUUCGUUCGGACCUUUGUCCAAUGGCCUUCUCCUACUCCGGACUCCGUUUCUCUUCCAUCCUCCGCUGCCGCCUCUCUUCCCCUCUCUUCCCUUCUCGCUUCUCCCGGCUCCGGCCGGACCUCCCGGAGCUCCGAUUCCUCUCUUCUUAUUCUACUACACCUCGGUUCCGGACUCUCCGGCCGGUGAAAGCCAGACGCAGGGACGAGCCUGUGAAGGAGGAGGAGGGAGAGGAUGGAAAUGGGAGUGUGUUGGUGAAGGAUAGGAAUGGGAAUGAUGGUAGGGUUGUGCCAACUGAGCUUCAUAAGGAAGCUACUGAUGCUUACAUCGCUUAUGCCAUGUCGGUUUUGCUUGGCCGGGCUUUGCCAGAUGUUCGUGAUGGUUUGAAGCCUGUGCAUCGAAGGAUACUGUUUGCAAUGCAUGAAUUGGGCCUUUCUUCAAGAAAACCAUUCAAGAAAUGUGCUAGAGUUGUUGGAGAGGUCCUAGGUAAAUUUCAUCCACAUGGAGAUAAUGCAGUUUAUGAUUCUUUGGUGCGAAUGGCUCAGGAUUUUUCCUUACGAUGCCCGCUAAUCCGAGGGCAUGGGAAUUUUGGUUCGAUUGAUGCUGAUCCUCCUGCUGCCAUGCGGUACACAGAGUGCAGAUUGGAUGCACUCUCCGAAGCAAUGUUACUAGCCGAUCUAGAACUGGAUACAGUUGAUUUUGUUCCAAAUUUUGAUAAUUCACAAAAAGAACCAUCUCUUCUGCCUGCCCGACUUCCUACUUUAUUGCUAAAUGGUUCUUCUGGGAUUGCAGUUGGUAUGGCAACCAACAUUCCUCCUCAUAAUCUGGGGGAGCUGGUUGAUGUUCUGUGCGUUUUAAUUAACAAUCCAGAAGCUACACUGCAAGAAUUGUUGGAAUACAUGCCUGGACCUGACUUUCCAACUGGAGGGCUGAUUAUGGGAAACAUUGGCAUCCUAGAGGCAUAUCGGAGUGGGCGAGGGCGUGUUGUAGUUAGAGGAAAAACUGAAUUUGAAUUGGUUGAUUCGAAGACAAAGCGAACUGCAAUUAUCAUAAAAGAGAUCCCUUAUCAGACCAACAAAUCCGCACUUGUGGAGAAGAUUGCAGAACUUGUGGAAAAUAAGAGUCUAGAUGGAAUAAGUGAUAUUAGGGAUGAAAGUGAUCGUUCAGGAAUGCGUAUAGUCAUCGAGCUCAAGCGAGGAUCAGAGCCAUCAAUUGUCCUCAACAAUCUCUUUCGGCUCACGUCUCUUCAGUCCAGUUUUAGCUGUAACAUGGUGGGUAUUCUCAAUGGACAACCUAAACUGAUGGGUCUGAAGGAAAUGCUGCAGGCAUUCUUAGACUUUAGGUGCUCUAUUGUUGAAAGACGUGCCAGGUUCAAGCUUUCCCAAGCACAAGCAAGAAGACAUAUUGUUGAGGGUAUCAUUGUGGGGCUUGAUAAUAUAGAUGGAGUGAUUCAUUUAAUAAGGGAAUCUUCAAGCAAUGCAGUCGCAUUAGCUGGUCUGAGGAAUGAAUUCAAUCUCUCUGAGAAACAGGCUGAAGCUAUAUUAGACAUUAACCUACGAAGACUGACAUUGCUUGAGAGGAAGAAAUUUGUUGAUGAAGGUGAAUCCCUGAGGGAGCAAAUAUCAAAACUGGAGGAACUUUUGUCAAGCAAGAAACAUAUAUUUCAGGUAAUAAAAGAAGAAGCAAUUGAAUUGAAAAACAAGUUUUCUAGUCCAAGGCGAUCAAUGUUGGAGGAUACUGAUGAUGGUCAACUUGAAGACAUAGAUGUGAUUCCAAAUGAAGAAAUGCUACUGGCCUUUAGUGAAAAGGGUUAUGUUAAGCGAAUGAAGCCCAGCACCUUUAAUCUCCAAAAUCGUGGGACAAUUGGUAAAUCUGUUGGGAAACUCAGGGUAAAUGAUGCAAUGUCAGACUUUAUUGUUUGUCGUGCACAUGACCAUGUCCUCUACUUCAGUGACAAGGGAACAGUGUACUCAGCUCGUGCAUAUAAAAUUCCAGAAUGCACCAGGACAGCUGCUGGUACUCCACUGGUUCAGAUCCUGUCUUUGUCUGAUGCUGAGAGGAUUACAUCGGUUAUACCUGUUAGUGAAUUUGCUGGAGAUCAGUUUUUAGUAAUGCUUACAGCUAAUGGAUACAUCAAGAAAGUCUCUUUGAGUUCUUUUUCAUCAAUAAGGUCAACGGGAAUCAUAGCAAUCCAACUGGUUCCUGGGGAUGAACUUAAAUGGGUACGCCGUUGCACAAAUGAUGAUCUUGUUGCAAUGGCUUCACAAAAUGGAAUGGUCACUCUAAGUGCCUGUGAGAAUAUUCGAGCACUAAGCAGAAAUACUAGGGGUACAGCGGCCAUGAGACUUAAAGGAGGGGAUAGGAUGGCAAGCAUUGACAUUAUACCAGCAGCUAUACGGAAAGACUUGGAAAGGCUGUCAGAAUCUCCACAUAGCAAUGCUAAAGGCCACAACGGUCCAUGGUUGUUGUUCAUAUCUGAGAGUGGAUAUGGAAAGCGUGUCCCUGUGAGCAGCUUUCGUUCAUCGCCUUUGAAUAGAGUUGGUUUGAUUGGAUACAAGUUUUCAGCUGAGGAUCGCUUAGUAGCAGUUUUUGUAGUUGGAUUUUCGCAAUCAGAAGAUGAUGAAAGUGAUGAACAAGUGGUUCUAGUAAGCCAAAGUGGUACAGUGAACAGAAUUAAGGUGCGGGAUAUCUCAAUACAGUCUCGUUACGCAAGAGGAGUUAUUCUGAUGAGGUUGGACCAUGCUGGGAAGAUUCAGUCGGCUUCAUUAAUCUCAGCGACAGAGUCCGAGUCCGAGGAAGAAUCGACGGUUGCUAUUAAUGGCUAGGAUGCUGAUUUUGUUGUCAACUUAUUUUUUGGCCCUUUGUUUUCGGAUUUCAUCCACAACUAUAUGGUCUCAUAUGCAAUGUAAAUGAAUCAGGAAGAAGUGAAUACUCCAUGUAUGUAGCUGGUAGGAUUGAUGAAAGUAGCCGAAGUCUGUACAGGAUUAUUCCUUUGUAUUUGUAGAUCGAUCUGCACAAGGGUCAAAUAGUGUUACAAACAUAUUUCUUCCCUAGAGUUUCUGCUAAUUUUGACUGUGCCUUACUAAAA